GUUGUUUUCUAGUGUCAUCCCCCUCUCCACUCCUUAGCAAAAUGACACAACUACCCCGUAAACUUUUUUGGCUUAAUUUAUCCAAAGAAUACAAUCACUACUAAGGAAAAUAGAGUUAUAUAUCUUCUGCCGUGUCCUGUUCUAAGAGUAUCAAUGAACAAAAACCCUCAUGAAAUCCCCAACUUUUAUAAUCAUCUCCAAAAAUCGAAAUUAAGAAAAGUAUUAUAGUUGCGCACAGACACACACACAUAUCCAAUUUAAUAAUUGGUGGAACAAAUAGUCCAGUCCCUUUGCAUUUAUGUCUAAGAAGAUGACAAAGUAGCACCUCCCGAUAUCCCCCUCUCCAAAACAAAUUACAUUAUUGCCCUUCAUGAAGCUAUUUGUAGCCUCUCCUCUACGCUACGCUCUCUCUCUCUCUCCCACUCUUGCUCGCUUAGCAAAAAGAACAAAAAAACAAAAAAUGUCGAAAGCCUUAGCAAAAGUCGGAACAGCCGCAAACGCGGUUUUCCGUACGAUAUCAAAAGCUUACAAGAACCCAAACACACAGGAUACGCUUGUGAACGCUUCUGUGGAACUCGGAACAUCCGCUGCGAAGACAGCCUUGGAGGGCGGGAGCAAGAAGACUCCGCCGUCACCGCCGUCGCCGCCAUCGUACAUGUACCUGAACACCAGUGCCAUGGUAGAGCAGCCUCAAGGCCGUUAUCCUUCUCAACCUCGACCCCUCUUUCCCUGCUUCUUCCCGAUGGUCUCUUCUCAGACACGUCGGACGUCGUUCGUACCCACCAACACGGAUCUGGAGCCCCAGUUUCCCGAGGAAGACUUCAGAGGAGAAGGUGGUAGUUCUUUUUCCUGGAAGAUGAACGGGUCAGAUGUGGGAGCUUCGAAGAUGGUCCUUCUCCCACGCGGGUUUCCCCAGCCUGUCUUCUCCAACGGGCCAAAAAUGGCGUUCGUUUUACAAGAUGCAGGUACGGGAACUGCCGGUAUUGUUGUGCCUAACGGCAACGGCGUCCUGAAUGAGAGAGUCGUCCGAAUCUCCGAAGCAGAUGUCAUAGCCGUUCCUUCAGGAGUUGUAACGUGGUGGUUCAACGACAACAGCGACACACACCUCGCCAUUGUCUUCCUCGGACAGCAACGCCUUGUCAAUUUCUACCUUGCCGGGCCAAGAGGAGUCUUCAAAGGCUUUUCUGCCGAGGUCGUGUGCACGUCGUUGCAGCUUGGUGAAGCAGUGGCAGCCCUCCUCGACUCUCAGACCACCCACGGCGGCAUCGUGAAGCUCGGUCCGGAGCUCAACAUGCCGCAGCCGAAUAUCAUCAACAGGGACGGUCUAGUCUUCAACUCCUUUACGGCGGUUCUAGGUGAGGGAGAUAGCAGCGGAGAUGCCUUUUUCUUGAACUCCACCAACCUCCCUCUGCUCAACGAGGUUGGUUCGGGAUCUUCGAUCAUUCAACUCGGCUCCGGAUGCAUAUACCCUCCAACAUACGCUUGUGCUACUAAAUUCCAGAUCAUCCUCGUGUUCUCGGGCUCUGGCAAUGUUGAAGUUGUUGGUCCUAAUGGCGACAGUAUCAUCAACGCAGCUGUCGAAAAAGGCCACCUAUUCAUUGUCCCUGACACUAGUGUGCUCUCGGCUACUGCAGGCCACAUUGGACUGGGUUGGCUCUCGAUCCUCAAUUCUCCAACACCACGUUUCCUUACUUUGGCCGGGAGAGGUUCUGUUCUCAAAAGUUUGUCUCAGGCCGUGGUUCAAGCUGCAUUUAACGUCACUACACCCAUGGAGAGGAAGAUACGUUUCCCCGGUCAAUCUCACUGAAUAGCAUCGGUCAUCUAUGGUGUUUAUGAGAUUUUCUCUGCUAAUCUUGUUUGAACCAUUAAGUUUCUUGUUUACAAAACUCGUAUCUUUCCUUCAUGAUGAUAUAUUUAUUUUUCUCUAUUAUGUAAAAGCAUUGCUUGCAGAGCAAACUUCUCAAAACCCUUAUUAAAGGCGACUUUAUUUUCCCCAAAA